AUGACCGAAGAGAAGCGCUUUGCGCCCAAGGUGGCCGUCCAGCUCGAUCCUCCCAAGGACGAUCUCAUCUCCCCCGAGGAGCUGGCCAAAUGCGAUGGCUCCGACCCCAGCCGUCCAACUCUCGUCGCCAUCAAGGGUGUCGUGUUCGAUGUGACCCGUAAUGCAGCCUAUGGAGCGCAGGGUCAAUACCGAGGUAAGGAUGGUGGAGCAAUGUGCCGAAACCAGCUAACGCAAGCAGUCUUCGCCGGCAAGGAUGCCUCGCGGGCUCUCGCGUGCUCCUCACUGAAGCCCGAAAACUGCGUACCGGAAUGGUACGAUCUCGAGGAGAAGGAGAAGACAACGUUAAAUGAGUGGUUCACCUUCUUCAGCAAGCGGUAUAACAUCGUCGGCAAGGUCGAGGGGGCGACGAAUACUUGA